AUGAACGAUCAAACAGACUGGAACGAAACGAUUCGAAUGCGACAAAUUGCUUCUUUGAAACAAUUGUUAAAUCUCAAUCAACCGUUGCCAACGUCGAUGGCUGUGGAACCGGUCUGGAAAAUACUUAUUUUAGAUCGUUACGGGCAGGAUAUCAUAUCUCCGUUGCUAACGAUCAAACAACUGAGGGACCUGGGAAUCACUUUGCACUUACUUCUCAACAGCCAUCGUGAAAUCUUGCCCGAUGUGCCUGCUGUAUAUUUCGUUUCACCCACCGACGAAAACAUUAAAAUAAUUUGUGAUGACCUCAACAAAGUAC